CGAGCAGCCCGCUGGACCCCGGGAGUGAAGGCCGGGCUGCUGCGAGUCUCGAGCGCGGGAGUUGGCGCGGCGGAGCCACCAUGGUGGGCCACCUGAGUGAGGGGGCCAUCGCGGCCAUAAUGCAGCAGGGGGACACGUCCAUCAAGCCCAUCCUCCAGGUCAUUAGCAUCCGCCCCAUUACAACGGGGAACAGCCCACCCCGUUAUCGACUGCUCAUGAGUGAUGGAUUGAACAGCCUGUCGUCUUUCAUGUUGGCCACACAGUUGAACCCUCUUGUUGAGAAAGAACAGUUGUGCAGCAACUGUGUUUGCCAGAUUAACCGAUUCCUUGUUAACACACUGAAAGAUGGAAGGAGAGUGGUUAUUUUGAUGGAGCUAGAAGUUCUGAAAUCAGCAGAUGAGGUCGGAGUGAAGAUCGGCAACCCAGUGCCCUAUAAUGAAGUACACGGUCAGCAGCAGACAGUUCCGGCUCCAGCUCCUGCUCCGGCUCCAGCUCCGGCUCCAGCAGCCAAUCCCCCGGCCAGCAAGCCCCAGCAACAGAACGGGAGCUCUGGAAUGGGUCCCCCCAUGUCUAAGUCUUUUGGUGCCUCCAAGACCUUUGGGAAAGCCGGAGGUGGCAGUCUGAUGAACUCUUCCGGAGGAACACAGUCCAGAGUGGUCCCCAUCGCCAGCCUCACCCCAUACCAGUCCAAGUGGACUAUUUGUGCCCGUGUCACCAACAAAAGCCAGAUCAGGACCUGGAGCAAUUCCAGAGGGGAAGGGAAGCUGUUCUCCCUGGAGCUGGUUGAUGAAAGUGGUGAAAUCAGAGCUACUGCUUUCAAUGAGCAAGUGGACAAAUUCUUUCCUCUUAUUGAAGUGAACAAGGUGUAUUAUUUCUCGAAAGGCACCCUGAAGAUCGCCAACAAACAGUUCACGGCUGUUAAGAAUGACUAUGAGAUGACCUUCAAUAAUGACACGAGUGUGAUGCCCUGUGACGAUGGGAACCAUCUCCCCACAGUCCAGUUUACCUUCACAGGGAUCGACGCCCUGGAGAGCAAGUCUAAGGACUCACUUGUGGACAUAAUUGGGAUCUGCAAGAGCUACGAGGAUGCCACUAAAAUCACCGUGAAGUCCAACAACAGAGAAGUUGCCAAGAGAGAUAUCCAUCUGAUGGACAUGUCGGGGAAAGUGGUGACUGCUACUCUCUGGGGAGAAGAUGCUGAUAGAUUCGAUGGCUCGAGACAGCCCGUGCUAGCCAUCAAAGGAGCCCGGGUUUCUGAUUUUGGUGGCCGGAGUCUGUCCGUCCUGUCUUCAAGCACUAUCAUUAUGAACCCUGACAUCCCAGAGGCCUAUAAGCUUCGUGGCUGGUUCGACUCAGAAGGGCAAGCCUUGGAUGGUGUUUCCAUCUCUGACCUCAAGAGUGGAGGAACAAUGGGGAGCAACACCAACUGGAAGACCUUGUACGAAGUAAAAUCGGAGAACCUGGGCCAAGGGGACAAGGCUGACUACUUCAGCUCGGUGGCCACCGUGGUGUAUUUGCGCAAGGAAAACUGUAUGUACCAGGCCUGCCCUAACCAGGACUGCAACAAGAAAGUGAUCGAUCAGCAGAACGGGCUAUACCGCUGCGAGAAGUGCGACAGCGAGUUCCCCAAUUUCAAGUACCGCAUGAUCCUGUCGGCAAACAUUGCAGACUUUCAAGAGAAUCAGUGGGUGACUUGCUUCCAGGAGUCCGCAGAGGCCAUCCUAGGACAAAACACCGCUUACCUCGGGGAACUGAGAGAGAAGAAUGAGCAGGCUUUUGAAGAAGUUUUCCAGAAUGCCAACUUUCGAUCUUUCACGUUCCGGAUCCGGGUCAAACUAGAGACCUACAACGAUGAGUCUCGAAUUAAGGCCACCGUGAUGGACGUGAAGCCCGUGGACUACAGAGAACAUGCCAGAAGGCUGAUCAUGAACAUCAGGAAGAAUGCAGUGAUGUGAAGAGAGAAGCGCGGGUGGGGCAAGAAGGCAGAAAACCCAGAACUGAGAUGAAGUUGACCGGGUCCCCACCCAUACCCCGACCUCGCUGGGAUCUCAGCCGCACGAACUCUGAGCAACUUCCUAGGUGUGUCCUGGAAUCCAUAGGAAAAUGCAGGAAGGGUCCUCAGAUGGCUGCCGUGCGACCCAUGUCGGCCCCAGAGGGCAGCUGCAGGUGUGUGUGUGCCCGUCACGGCCUGGUCCUCAGGGUUCUGUUGAUCGUGUUUAGAUUUCAGCAACUGCUAGCAAGAAUUAGGUCGCAAGUGAUUGACCCUCAGUCUGUGGGCGGAGGAAUCAACGAUGUGACGAGGGCUUUUCUUCUGCCACGGUGGCACCUGCCUUGCCCGGCCUCAUUCCUGGGGGACUGGUGUGGAGCAAGGGCGUCUCAGUAGGAGUCGAGCUCGCUCUGUCUCGCGGUGCCACACCACCACUGAGGCUUGAAAUGGCAGUAGGGUAGAAUUAUUAAUCAAAGGCAUAUCUUUUAUAUCUGAAGAAUGUGCUUCCUUCAGGGCUUAAUAGAUUAAUAGACUGAGUCAGAUGGGUCUGAUAUUAAUCAAAAUUGUCCCUUCUGAGGAUGGCUGAUAAGAUUGCCUUGCUGUCCCCCGGGGGCACCAGGGCGACUACAAAGCAGGGCUGGUGUGUUGGCCUCAGUUCCCGGCGCGGCUUGGUUGGUGAACACACUUUCUCUGCCUGUAUAUAGUUCCUGCACGUGUGUGUUUUUGUUUCUUGAUGAAAGCUUUGUUAAAAAAAGAAGGGUUUGGAAGGGAGAGGCUCUUUGUUUCCCUUGCUCUGUCUUAAUAAACAGUAUAUUUUCUGCUUGUGAA